AUGAAGAACUACAAUAGCUCUAUGAAGCUUUUACCUACAACAUUCAUUCUGGUUGGCAUUCCAGGGCUAGAAGCAGAGCACAUCUGGAUCUCCAUCCCCUUCUGCCUGAUGUACAUCAUCAUCUUCCUGGGGAAUGGCACAAUUCUUCAUGUCAUCAGGACAGACACUGCCCUACACCAACCCAUGUACCUCUUUCUUGCCCUAUUGGCUCUGGCUGAACUUGGUGUCUCUGCAUGCACCCUGCCUACAGUGCUAGGCAUCUUCCUGUUUGGCAGCACUGAAAUUGGUUUUGAUGCAUGCCUUCUUCAGAUGUUCACCAUUCAUUCCUUCUCCAUCACGGAAUCAGCUGUGUUACUAGCCAUGUCGGUAGACCGCUUUGUUGCCAUCUAUAGCCCACUGCAUUAUACUACCAUCCUGACUUUGCCCCGCAUUAUUGGCACAGGAGUUAUUAUUGGGUUGAAAAGUGUUAUGCUCAUGGCCCCAUUGCCAUUGCUCUUAAGGCGCCUGCCUUUCUGUGGCCAUAAUGCCCUCUCCCAUUCUUAUUGCCUCCACCCCAAUCUUAUUCACCUACCUUGUGGAGACAUUUCUAUCAACAAUAUAUAUGGACUUUUUAUAGUUAUCUCCACUUUUGGGCUGGAUUCGCUGCUCAUUGUGGUUUCCUAUGGGCUCAUACUCCACACUGUACUGGGCAUUGCUACCGGGGAAGGGCGGAGGAAGGCACUUAACACAUGUGGCUCACAUGUCUGUGCUGUGCUUGCUUAUUAUGUGCCCAUGAUUGGCUUAUCCAUGGUGCACCGCUUUGGACACCAUGUAUCCCCUCUGCUGCAAGCCAUGAUGGCCAAUGCCUAUCUUUUCUUCCCACCUGUUGUCAACCCCAUUGUCUACAGCGUUAAGACCAAAGAGAUCCGCCGUGGCAUUUUCCGAAUGCUGUUCGGGAAGAGGGUCAGAACGUAG